GGGCCGGGCCGGGCCGUCCCCGCCCCGUUGCUUGCUGCUGCCCGCGGCCUGGGCCUCCGCCGCCGCCCCGCCCCGCGGCCGCCAUGCCGCACAGCUUCAAGCCCGGAGAUCUCGUCUUCGCCAAGAUGAAGGGCUACCCGCAUUGGCCCGCCCGGAUCGAUGACAUCGCGGAUGGUGCUGUGAAACCCCCGCCGAACAAGUACCCCAUCUUCUUCUUCGGCACUCACGAGACCGCCUUUUUGGGCCCCAAAGAUCUGUUCCCCUAUGAAAAGUAUAAGGACAAAUAUGGGAAACCAAACAAGAGAAAAGGCUUCAACGAGGGAUUAUGGGAAAUCCAGAACAACCCUCAUGCCAGUUACAGUGCCCCUCCGCCUGCCAGCUCAUCUGACAGUGACAUCCCCGAAAAUGACCCGAUGGGGGGAAGUGAUGCUGGUGAUGAUGAGGAAGAUGCUGCCAUGGCUGCAGUCACCACAGAGAAAAUGGAAAGUGAUGAGGACUCAGAUCGAGGCAGUGACCACAGUGGGCUCAAACGAAAAUCACUGGCAAUGAAAUAUCAGAUGCCAGUGGCAAAAAGGCCUCGGAAAUCUUCAAGUGAAGAUCAGGGCAGCCCCUCCCUGACAGAAGAAGAGAACUCGGAAACGUCUUCUGAGUCAGAAAAAAACAGUGACCAGGACUUCACUCCUGAGAAGAAGCCAGUGGCCAGGGCUCCCCGGAGGAUGCCUGCAGGGGGAAGGAAGAAGAAGAAAGUGGAGUCUGGCUCCGAUUCUGACUCCAAAGUGGACUCAGACUCAGAAAUGGGAAAUGCGACUGUGGACAUGACCAAGUCAGACUCCAACUCCGAUUCAGACUCUGAUGUGUCUGUUAAAAAGCCUCAACGGGGCAGAAAGCCAGCUGAGAAACCCCCUCCCAAACCCCGUGGUAGGAAACCAAAACUUGAGCGUGUCCCUAUCAGCUCCAGCAGCGACAGUGAUAGUGACAGUGAUGUGGACCGUAUCAGUGAAUGGAAGAGGCGAGAUGAGGAAAGGCGACGGGAGCUGGAAGAGAAGAGGAAGAGGGAACAAGAGGAAGAAAUCCGUCGGCUCCGGGAGCAGGAGAAGGAGGAAAAAGAGAAAAGGAAGGAGAAAGCAGAGAAGGGCGAGGAGAUGCACUCAGACAGCGACAGUAGUGCAGAUGAUGAAGUGGCCAAAAAGGGCAGAAAAGGCCGGGGUAAGGCCCCAUCCUCCUCAGACUCUGAGCUGGAGAUGGAGAAAGAGGUAAAGAAACCAGUGAAGAAGCAGCCCUCAGAGUUGUCAAGGAAACCAAAUCAGAAGGAGAAGAGAGGCCGAGCAGAGGAGAAACCACGAAACAAACCUUUGAAAGUGGAAAGAGGCCGGAAGAAGUCUGACCUGAUCCCUGAAAGGAGAAUGGAGAAGAAAAAGGAGCCCACAGUUGAAGAGAAACUUCAGAAACUUCACAGUGAGAUCAAGUUUGCCUUGAAGGUGGAUAACCCGGACAUCAAGCGGUGCCUGAAUGCAUUAGAGGAGCUGGGUGCACUCCAGGUCACCUCUCACAUCCUCCAGAAACACACUGAUGUGGUGGCUACUCUAAAGAAGAUCCGUCGCUAUAAAGCAAACAAGGACGUGAUGGAGAAAGCUGCUGAAGUCUACACCCGCUUGAAGUCACGUGUCCUAGGACCAAAGAUGGAAGCAAUCCAGAAAGCCAACAAAGCUGGACCUGAGAAGGACAAGGGGGAUGUGGAGAAAGGCCAGGAGAAGCUGUCAGGAGGGGAGACACAGAAUGAGAAGGGAGAAGAGGAAAUGAAUGCUGACUUGUCAGGUCCUGUGAAUGGCGAAUCCUUGUCCCAAAAAACGGAGGGCACAGAGGAGCAGGAGAGAGACAAAAGCCGAGGGCCAGGAGCUGGAGAGCCAGAGGCACCUAGCGAGGAGGCCCAUAACAAUGUGCAGGAUUAUCCUAGCGCCGAACGGGAGAGGGCUCGUGGGGAGUCAGAGUCUGUGGAUGAUGCAGAGGAGAGCUGAGGAUGAGGAGAGCUGAGCACGUGGGACUGCCUGCAGGAGGAUGUUGGAGGGGCCACACAACCUGUUCCCAAGGGAGACCGGCCUCUGCCUUGCCCAUCUUUGCGU